AUGAAACAUUCUCUGUUUCUCUUUCUCGUUCUCAUUUUCCACGUUUUGUUUACUUUCAUUCCCGCGCUUUCCCUCUCAUCCGACGGCCUCGCGCUUCUCGCUCUCAAGUCCGCCGUCGACCAGCCCUCCGCCGCCUUCUCCGACUGGAACGACGGCGAUGUGACGCCUUGCGCCUGGUCGGGAAUCGUCUGCGCCAACAUCUCCGGCGAAGAGGACCCCCGCGUGGUCGGGAUCUCCCUCGCCGGAAAAUCCCUCUCCGGCUACCUCCCAUCGGAGCUCGGCACGCUGCGCUUCCUUCGGCGACUCAAUCUCCACGACAACGCCUUCUCCGGCGUCCUCCCGGCGCAGCUCUCCAACGCCUCCGCGCUCCACAGCCUCUUCCUCCACCACAACAAUCUCUCCGGUGCUAUUCCCCGCUCCCUAUGCACUCUCCCGCGCCUCCAAAACCUCGACCUCUCUGAAAACGCCUUCUCCGGCCACAUCCCCGACCACAUCGGAAACUGCAAGAACCUACAGCGUCUCAUUCUUGCCGGGAACAGCUUCUCCGGCGAGAUUCCAGCCGGCGUGUGGCCGGACUUGCAGAACCUCCUCCAACUCGACCUCUCCGCGAACGAGUUAACCGGUUCAAUCCCUGACCAAAUCGGAACACUAGUUUCCCUCUCCGGUACUCUGAACCUCUCCUUCAAUCAUCUCUCCGGUAAGCUUCCGGCGUCGCUAGGAAAAUUACCGGCGACGGUGAGCUUUGAUUUCAAAAACAACAACCUCAGCGGCGAAAUUCCCCAAACGGGGUCGUUUUCAAACCAAGGCCCUACCGCAUUCCUUGAAAAUCCUAACCUAUGCGGGUUUCCCCUUAGAAAAUCAUGUUCCGGUUCUGACCGGGAUUUUUCUCCAGGGUCGGACCAAAACAAACCGGUUAACCGGUCUAAGGGGUUGACCCCCGGUUUAAUUAUUUUAAUCUCUGCAGCUGAUGCUGUUGUUGUGGCCUUAAUUGGGCUUGUGAUUGUUUAUGUUUAUUGGAAGAAAAAAGAUGACGAGAACGCGUGUAGUUGCAUUAGGAGGAGAAAGUUUGGUGAAGCGAAAGGGAGUGUGUGUGUGUGUGGUGGAUUCCCAUGUGUUAGUGGGGAGAAAAGUGAUGAUGAUGAUGACGACGAAGAGUAUGAGGUGGAGGGGGGUGAGGGUGAGGGUGAAGGGGAAUUGGUGAGGAUUGAUAAGGGAUUGAGUUUCGAACUUGAUGAGUUGUUGAGGGCUUCUGCAUAUGUGUUGGGGAAGAGUGGGUUGGGGAUUGUGUAUAAGGUGGUGUUGGGGAAUGGGGUGCCUGUGGCUGUCAGGAGGUUGGGGGAGGGAGGGGAACAGAGGUAUAAGGAGUUUGCUGCAGAGGUUAUGGCCAUUGGGAAGGUCAAGCACCCCAAUGUUGUGAGGUUGAGGGCUUACUAUUGGGCACAAGAUGAGAAGCUUCUCAUCAGUGAUUUCGUCUCCAAUGGCAAUCUGACCCAUGCCCUUCGAGGGAGAAAUGGCCAACCAACUACAAAUCUUUCAUGGUCCAUAAGGCUGAAAAUAGCCAAAGGAACAGCCAGGGGCUUAGCCUAUCUCCACGAAUGCAGUCCAAGAAAAUUCGUCCAUGGUGACAUCAAACCCUCCAACAUCCUACUUGACAAUGACUUCCAACCCUACAUUUCCGAUUUUGGCCUUAACCGUCUUAUCAGCAUUACCGGAAACAACCCCUCCACCGGUGGGUUCAUGGGUGGAGCUCUUCCUUACACGAAGUCAUCACAGAAAGAGAGAACCAACAAUUACAAAGCCCCUGAGGCUCGUGUCCCUGGCUGCAUACCCACCCAGAAAUGGGACGUGUACUCAUUUGGGGUUGUGUUGCUUGAAAUACUAACUGGUAGGUCACCAGAAUCCUCUCCCACCACAUCAACUUCCAUGGAAGUUCCUGACUUGGUAAGGUGGGUGAGGAAAGGGUUCGAUCAAGAAAGCCCAUUAUCUGAAAUGGUUGAUCCAUCGCUUCUCCAAGAAGUGCGUGUUAAGAAAGAGGUGCUGGCUGUGUUUCAUAUUGCUUUGGGUUGCACUGAGGGAGACCCUGAGGCUCGACCAAGGAUGAAAACUGUCUCUGAAAACCUUGAUAAGAUUGGAACGUAA